AUGUCCGAAGAGACCCCACCAGACGUCCCCGCCGAGGAGGCGCCUCCCGCCGAGGAGGCCGCGCCCGCGGAAGAGGCCGCGCCCGCGGAAGAGGCCGCGCCCGCGGAGGAGGCCGCGCCCGCGGAGGAGGAGCCCCCCGCGGAGGAGGAGGCCCCCGCGGCGGAGGAAGCCCCCGCGGCGGCGGAGCCCGCGGCGCCCGUCGCCGCCGCGGCGGUUCCCGCGAGGAAAGGACCGCCGGUGCGUCAGUACCUCGACGAGACCGUCGUGCCGGUGUUGAGGCAAGGGUUGCGAGAGCUCGUGAAGGCGCGCCCGGCGGAUCCUUUCGAGUUCUUGGGCGAUUACAUCAAGAAAGCGAACCCGAACAGGAAGUAA